AUGAAAAUAGUAUUAUUGCUAUGCAUGAUGGUGGCUGUCUCUUUUGGAAUCUCAUCUAAAUUAAGUCAUGCUAAGAAGUUGGAAGAACUACAUGGUAGCAAGUUGGGCAGGACCAUUUUGAAUUUAGUGAAUCUUCAUUCAUCAGUAUAGGGACCAAUUUCUGAAUUGAUUGAAGCAAUAGAAGAAUUAGUAAGAUUAGAAAUAAUAAUAGAUAGCUGACAUUAACACUAAUAUUGAUGAAGUAGAAUACAAAUUUUAAGUACGCACAAACGAACAUAAUUCCUAUGUGGCUUAAGUUGGACAACAAUUGCAAGAUGCUGAAUAAGAUAUUGCAAGAAUGAUAGAUGUCAUUGACAAUUUAUUGAUCCCAAGAAGAGACCAAAUUAGAAAUAAAAUAGAGUCACUCAUUGAAUAUGAUGAAUUUAAUAGAAAAAACGUAGAUGAAACUACACUGCUCAGAGAAUAAGAACAUGAAGCCUACCUUCAGUAGAUAGAAGAAGAUAAUGAUGCACUCGAUGCCAUUGAUGAUGCCAUCAAUUUGGUAAGUUCUUUAUCAAACCCAUCUUUGUUACAAAUUAAGAAUAUCAAAUUUACAUUGAAAAGAUUGUCAUCCAAAUAAUGGAAUCGUGUACAUCAAGGACCUAUGGUGUAAGCAUUGCUAUAAAUUGCAUUAAACUAAAAUUUCAGUGAUCAAGGAAUAUUGAAGCAAAUUGUAGAUGCAUUAAAUGAAUUCAGAAAUCAAGUUGUUGAUGCUAUGAAUUCAUUAACUAAACAGGAAUAAGUUAACAUCGAAGAAUUCGAAGAAAGAUUAGAACAACUGGAUGAAGAACAUAGAGAAUUCCAAAGACAAAUCAACUAAUCCCAAGUUGAGCUGGAUGCUACUAAUUGUAUUUUUAAAUAGAUAUAUAAAAUCUAGAAAAAUUAGAAGAUUGCAAUCAAUUCCUUGUUCAAAGAUAGGCCGACAGACUAUAAUACCAAUCCCAAUUAGAUUUAGAAAAUGAAACCUAUGCUGUUGACACAGACAUUUACACUCAAACUGCUAAUGAACUCCAAAGAGAAUUGCCUAUCGCAGAAUAAGGAUUAUCGCUCAUCAAAUCAGCUGAUUUUUCUGAUAUUAAGAUAUGAAUCAUAAC